AUGUAUUAAUUAUAAAAUAAGCUUAUUAUGCUCAUUUUACUUCUAUUUGUUUCAGCAGCAAUCGGUGAAUAAAUACUUUUGUUGUAAACUACUGAUAACGAUUUUAAACUAAGUGUAUAAAUUGGAACUCCUCCACUAGAUUAAUACUUAAUUGUUAAAAUUGGAGAUGAUGAGUAUAGUUUCUUAGGCCAAUAUAUUUUUGAUAGCUCUAUUCAAGUUUAUGAUAUCUCAUUUUACUAAAGCUACUUAAAAGGUCUAUAACUUUACAACAUGAAAAAAAGUUCUUCUGCUGAUAUUAAUCCUUAAAUAAUAAAAUAAACUUCUUCAAAUACAUAUUCGUAGGCAUAUGUCUAAGGUAAUAUUGUUACUGAUGUACUCUAGGUUGGCAAUACUAAAUUCAAGUAUACAUUCCUAAGUGUCAGUAAAGAAUAAUAUUUAUUUAACACAUAAUUAAAUGGAGUAAUUAGAUUAAACAGAUUUCAAGGCAAUAUAUUUGACUAAAUGUAUUCAUAGAAUGUAAUUAAAACAAGAGAUUAUUUAAUUUCACUGGAAUUAUCAUUUAUCAAUGAAGAUGAUUAUGAAUAACUUAAGAAGUUGAGUCUUAGAUAUGAUUUAGAUUAAUGGUCUGAUAAUUAUAAAUAUCCAUCUAAUUUAAUGAUAUAAGGUGAUGUUUUUGCUAUCAAAGCAUAUGGAGUUUAUUUGAACGGUGAAGAUGUAACAGAUUUAUUGAAGAUUCGUACAAUAAAUUUUGAUGUUUUAUAUGAAUAAAUUAUGAUCCCCUCUGAUCUAUAUGCCAUAAUAACUAGAGAUAGUGCAGUAAAUAAUAUUAUAAACUAAGGGAGCAUUUAUUUUUGCUAGGAUUGCAAGUGUUCAGAAAUAGAUAAAUUACCAAAAAUAAAAGUGGUAACAUAAGAGUAUGUCUUUGAAAUAACUCCAGAAUUGUAUACUUAUUAUAGUUAUGAUUAUAGAAGUUUUGAAAAAUAUUCUUGCAAAGUAAAGUUAGGAAGUUCUUCAUAAUUUUAAUUUACACAGUAACUUUUAUCAGUUUUGAAAGUUUCUAUUAUGUAUUAGAAAGAAAUAAGUAGUUUAAAGUUUAUUGGUGCUCAAACAACUUCUCACAUGAGCAUAAAUACAAUAAUAAUUGUAUUGUCUUUGUUUAAUGGAUCAAGUCUAGUUAUUAUAGUUUUAUUUACCAUUUAAUUCUUAAAAAAAUACAGUUCAAUAAAAUUAGAGUUUUAUUAUUAACGAAAACAUAAAAUCAUGUGA